AUGCUACUACAAAAGUCUACAGAACAGAAGUUCCGGCACGUCGAGCUGGGCGCAUGGGGUUCAGCUGCCGCUUGCAAGAAAUCUUGGCUUCCUAGAUCUGAAACCAGACUAGGCUGGCCUGGUCGUCCCGACCGACAUCUGGACGAAGUCCUGAUCUUGGAAUCAGACGAAGAAUUCUCGAAAGCAUCACCAUGCGUUGGCUACAGGCCAUAUAAGAGUCUGAUCAGAGCUGCAUUCAAGAAGUAUUGUCUACUUGCCAAUCCAUUCUUUUUCCUAGUCGUGAUCGGCUAUCGGACAAUCAUUUCUUACAAACUUCUUAUCUAUCUCUCCCCUUCUUUCAUCAACAUGCGUUCCAUACUACCUCUCCUCGCCGGCGUCAGUCUGUCUGCAGCUUGGACCGAACUUCACCACGAGCCAUUCAUGAACAAGAACGUUGAUCCAAUUGUCGUUCCAGGCACCUAUACUUCGCAUAUGCACACCUUCUUCGGCAGCGACGCGGUCACCAAUAUUCUCCCCACCUCGGCUGACCUGCAGAAAGGCUGCUAUAGCGGCCAGAAUGCCAACGACUUGUCUGUUUACUGGGUCCCCACACUGUACUACGUCGAUGGUGACACCUUCACUGAGGUGCCUGUCUUCCGCUUCAGUACCUAUUACACCAAUGCCUUCGCCGAGAUCGCCAUCCCCCAGGAUUUCGCCAUGAUCUCCGGCAACGCGUCUGCGCAGACCCAAUCCGAGGCCGAUCACCCUUCCAACGGAUUGGAGUGGUUCUGUGAAGGAUCGAACGUGCGUGAAUCUGAUAUCGCCAAAUUUCCCACCAGCACUUGCGACCAGCACUUGCAGGUCUCGCUUCGCUUUCCCAACUGCGUCAACCCGGACAACCUCGCUGCAUACGACUGGAGCGACGAAUCCAACAAGUGUCCUGAGGGCAUGAAGGCGAUCCCCCAGCUUCGCUAUGCUGCCCGGUACAACACCAAAGCUGUCGUGCCCGACGGCUGGAGAGGCGACGCUCCCUUUCAGCUGUCGUGUGGCAGCGCCUCGGGCAACGGAUACUGCUUCCACGGCGACUUCAUCAACGGCUGGUACGAAGAUGCUGCCGAGAACAUGCUCGCGUCCGGCGGUGGUGGUUACGAAGAUGGCCAGUUCAUCAGCGGUGAGCACGGAUCUGUUGCGGCUGAUUCUAGCUGCACCCCUACUGAUCAGGACCCUGACAACGGGACGAGCGACUAA